CGUCCUGCUACACUGGUAACCACUUCCCCUGGAUCUGCGAACAUACACAGCGACUUCUCUGGAAGAAAAAGGCAGAGUUCAUCAAUGUAACUCCGGUCUGUCCGAAACUGCGCCGUGUACCUGGAUAAGUCCACCCCGAGGAGAAGAGACAGAAAGAGGACAGAAAAAAAAAACCGGAGCGGAGUGUCGACGUAGAAUUGUGAAGGAAAAAAGAGAAGAAUAUGAUUUUCAAGCAGCACUUUGUCUUCAUCCUUUACAGCCUCUGUGCAAGCGUGUUUAAAGUGGCUGGGACAAAAAGCAAAGCGAAAGGUGGACAAGGUCAGUUCCCCAUAACUCAGAAUGUGACCGUGGUAGAGGGGGGCUCAGCCAACAUGACCUGUCGUGUGGAUUACAAUGAUAACACUUCCCUCCAGUGGUCAAACCCUGCACAACAGACCCUAUUCUUUGGGGACAAGAAAGCUCUGAGGGACAACAGAAUCGAGCUGAUACGAGCUUCGUCGCAGGAGCUCACCAUCAAAAUCGGUGACGUCAGCCUUUCAGACGAUGGCCUGUACACCUGCUCGCUUUUCACCAUGCCUGUCAAGACCACCAAGGCCUUCCUGACUGUUCUGGGUGUGCCAAGCCGACCAGAAAUCACAGGAUUCACCAAACCUGCCAUGGAGGGGGACAUAAUCACCCUGACAUGCUCCACACUGGGCAGCAAACCAGCCGCCAAUAUCCGGUGGUUCCGAAAUGACAAGGAGGUUCAAGGCAGUAAGGAGCUGAAUGCCACAGGAAAAUCCUUCACAGUGCGGAGUAGUCUCCAGUUCCAGGUGGACAAAGGGGAGGAUGGGGUCGCCUACACCUGCAGCGUGGAGCAUGUGUCUCUGUCCAACCUUUACACGACAACCGAGGUGCUGGAGGUCCACUAUGCUCCGCGUCUGGAGAUCUCAAAGCCAAAGAUAGAUCCACUGGAAGGGCAAUACUUUAAACUGGAGUGUGUGUCCAUAGGCAACCCAAUACCUGAACCAGUGCUGUGGUCUAAAGAUGGAGGAGAGCUGCCAGACAUUGAGCGUAUGAUUGUGGAGGGCAGGGAACUAACCAUCACCACACUAAAUAAAACAGACAAUGGCACAUACCGCUGCGAGGCCAGCAACCACCUGGGGACCAGCACUGCUGAAUACAAACUGUUUGUAUAUGCCAAAGACUUUCCAGGGCCUACAACAGAUCCUAAUGCUUUAGGACAACAUGGACCUGACCACGCUUUAAUUGGCGGAGUUGUUGCAGUCGUGGUCUUCAUCACCUUGUGUCUGAUAAUAGUUCUUGGACGAUAUCUGGCUAGACAUAAAGGGACGUAUCUAACACACGAGGCCAAAGGAGCAGAAGAUGCCCCCGACGCUGACACAGCCAUCAUCAAUGCUGAGGGAAACCACGUGCAUGCAGAGGAAAAGAAAGAGUACUUCAUUUAGACCUCUUUUUCUUUAUUUCAUGACAACUCUUGACAGCAGACAUGCAAUUGUAUGCUGCCUCAGCGUCAUUACAUGAUCUGUUUUAGUUUAUUUAUUAUUAUGUCUACUUCAGAAAGCUCAUGUUUGGAUUAUGCUUGUAUUCAAAGCAUUGGCUGACAAUAUAGCUUUCCCUAUUCAACAAUGUAAACCAUACAACAGGACCAUUUUCCAUUUUAGUUUUACGGUGCCUAAAUGCUGUAUACUUCUCUGCAUUUCUAUCAACGCUCGCAUUAUGUUUUUUAAUUUAGUCAUUUUUUCCACUUAAUUUACCUGUUGAGUACUUCUGCAGAUCUUUUGAAAUGUUGAAACACAAAGAGUUACGUUUCAAAUCAAGUUCAAGUUAAAUGUUUUGGUUUAAGAACAGUAUAGGUAUCCAUUUAUCUAACUCUAAACAGGUUAACAUUUGGUUUUGGAUGUUGCCUGAAGCUGAAUCCAUAACAGCCAUACUGCAUACAUGAAAACACAUAAAACUGACAAAAUACUUUUACAAAACAUAGAAGCACAAUCUAUGUGAUUGUCUCUAGAUAAAAUCAGAUCCCUCUUAGCUCUGUCUGUAUAUUUCUGCAUUGAGUUACUUUCAGUUAUCGCUGAUGCUGUUGAUUUGUACCAACGGAGAACAAGUUAGAAAAUUAAAGCACAAAGUCUGAGGACUAACACGGAGGGAUAACACUUGUCUCGGGAUUCAAUAUGAGUCUAGUUGGAGAGAUGGUGUCAGACAGGAGAAGACUUCAGUUAUGGUCAUGGAUGGUUAACUUUCAUUUGUGUUGCCCAAUUGAUGUAAGAUCCAAACUGAAUGAGUGGAACCUUGUGGGGGUUCAUUAUUUAUGUUGACUUUUAUUGAACAACUAUGCUCAAUGUGUGGAUAUUGCUGUAAAAUACUUUGCUAACGUGAAUUUUGGUGACCAAUAUUGUUGAAACUUUGGAUCCCUGACAUUACAAUUUGUAUAUUAGCAUAUACAGUACUUAAAAUAUUCCACAUGUCUUCUUUUUCUUUCUCCCAUUUAUCUAACAAGAGGUUGUUUUGCCAGGCGGCAUGUAAAUAAUGUGUAAGUAUUUAAAUUUAGUAAAAGAUAAAACACUGGUUAUAGCUUUUAAUUUCAGGUCUGUUCAGUCCCCAUCACUUUGAUGAGAUUCUUUUCAUAUUUUUCAAGGUUUUUUCAAACAGGGAUUCUAAUAAAUUGCUUAAAAUGUAAAACAAGAAAGAAAAAAAAG